CCUAAGCCUCCUCCAGGCAAGACGUCAGGGUGUGUACACCUCUCUCCUCAGAACCUCGGGGGCACCAUUGGCAGGUGAGGUACCCAGCAGAGGACAAUGCCAGGGUGGACGCCCAGCGGUGGGCGGGGCCAGGCGCGCGUGCUCGUCGUCCAGCGCGCAGCCCCUGGGUCCGGGUGCCUCACUCUUUACACACAGGCACAACAAGGCUUCGCCCGCCGGUGUAUCAGGUCUUAGUGUCCACUACUCCACCCAUCAUCCUCGCACAAACCCCUCCCUUUCCACAGCCCCUCCCCCCCCGAUCCAAAGCCGCCAUCUCGACUCGAUGCUUACUGCAAAGAAGUCCGAGUCCGACGGGGGUGGUGAGAACGGUGCAGAGCCUCAGCCCCCUGCAUCUUCUUCAUCAUCCUCCUCAUCCUCGUCUUCUUCCAGUAUCAUGGCCUCCCCGGAUACCGGGGUGCCCCUGGAAAGGACCCCGAGGAAGAACCAGAGGCCCUCUCCGGGGAAAGAACACGGAGGCUCCUCUGCCCCGGGGAUCAUGGCUGGAGGGGCUGGGGCUGAGACCCCCGAAGGUCGUCGAACGAGCCGUAGGAAGAGGGCGAAGGUGAGUGUAGAAUAUCGGGAAAUGGACGAAAGCCUUGCCAACCUCUCUGAAGAUGAGUAUUAUUCAGAAGAAGAAAGAAACGCAAAAGCAGAGCGAGAGAAGAAAGUGCCACCACCCCCUCCACAAGCUCCUCCAGAGGAAGAAGUUGAUAGUGAGCCAGAAGAGCCCUCCGGGGUAGAAGGUGCCGCCUUCCAGAGCAGACUUCCACAUGACAGAAUGACUUCCCAAGAAGCAGCAUGCUUCCCUGAUAUUAUAAGUGGCCCCCAGCCAACGCAGAAAGUCUUCCUGUAUAUCCGGAACCGCACAUUGCAGUUGUGGUUAGACAACCCUAAGGUCCAACUUACAUUUGAGUUGACCCUACAGCAGCUGGAAGCGCCAUAUAACAGUGACUCUGUGCUGGUUCACAGAAUACACUGCUAUCUUGAAAGACAUGGAUUAAUUAACUUUGGCAUCUACAAGAGAUUGAAGCCUUUACCAACCAAAAAGACUGGAAAGGUGAUCAUCAUUGGCUCGGGAGUAUCUGGUUUGGCCGCAGCUCGCCAGUUGCAAAGUUUUGGCAUGGAUGUUACUCUCUUAGAAGCAAGGGACCGUGUUGGAGGAAGAGUUGCCACCUUCCGUAAAGGGAAUUAUGUCGCUGACUUGGGAGCCAUGGUAGUCACUGGACUUGCAGGUGGCAAUCCAAUGGCUGUGAUCAGCAAACAAGUUAAUAUGGAAUUGGCAAAAAUAAAGCAAAAAUGUCCUUUGUAUGAAGCUAAUGGGCAAGCGUUACGUUUCGCAUUGCAGGUGCCAAAAGAAAAGGAUGAAAUGGUAGAGCAAGAAUUUAACCGUUUAUUGGAAGCUACCUCCUACCUCAGCCAUCAGCUAGAUUUCAAUGUUCUUAAUAACAAGCCGGUCUCGCUAGGACAAGCCUUGGAAGUUGUUAUACAACUUCAAGAAAAACACGUAAAAGAUGAACAGAUUGAGCACUGGAAGAAAAUAGUGAAAACACAGGAGGAAUUAAAGGAACUGCUGAAUAAGAUGGUUAAUUUAAAAGAGAAGAUAAAGGAGCUUCAUCAGCAGUACAAGGAGGCAUCUGAUGUAAAGCCUCCGCGAGACAUCACUGCUGAGUUCUUGGUGAAAAGCAAGCAUAGAGAUCUGACCGCACUUUGCAAGGAUUAUGAUCUGCUGGCAGAGGCCCAGGCAAAGCUUGAGGAGAAAUUGCAGGAACUGGAAGCCAACCCUCCAAGCGAUGUGUAUUUGUCUUCGCGGGACAGACAGAUACUUGACUGGCAUUUUGCAAACUUAGAAUUUGCUAAUGCAACUCCCCUUUCUACACUUUCUCUGAAGCACUGGGAUCAGGAUGAUGACUUUGAGUUCACUGGCAGCCAUUUAACUGUUCGGAAUGGUUACUCCUGCGUUCCUGUGGCAUUAGCAGAAGGUCUUGACAUAAAGCUUAACACUGCCGUCCGACAAGUCCGCUACACGGCUUCUGGAUGUGAAGUCAUAGCGGUGAACACGCGCUCCACCAGUCAGACGUUCAUUUACAAGUGUGAUGCUGUGCUUUGUACUUUGCCACUGGGUGUAUUAAAACAACAGCCACCAGCUGUACAGUUUGUCCCUCCACUUCCAGAAUGGAAAACCUCCGCUGUGCAAAGAAUGGGUUUUGGAAAUCUAAAUAAGGUGGUGCUCUGUUUUGACAGAGUAUUUUGGGACCAGACGGUUAAUUUAUUUGGUCACGUCGGCAGCACCACUGCCAGCAGAGGGGAGCUGUUUCUUUUCUGGAACCUUUAUAAAGCACCCAUACUGCUGGCCUUAGUGGCAGGGGAAGCCGCGGGAAUAAUGGAGAACAUCAGUGACGACGUUAUAGUCGGACGUUGCUUGGCCAUUCUGAAGGGAAUAUUUGGAAGCAGUGCAGUACCACAGCCCAAAGAGACCGUUGUAAGCCGGUGGCGUGCUGACCCGUGGGCUCGGGGAUCCUACUCUUAUGUAGCAGCUGGCUCCUCUGGCAAUGACUACGAUUUGAUGGCUCAACCAAUUACUCCAGGCCCUGCCAUUCCAGGAGCACCACAACCCAUUCCACGCUUGUUCUUUGCUGGGGAGCACACUAUUCGGAACUACCCUGCAACUGUUCACGGAGCUCUGCUGAGCGGUUUGAGAGAAGCUGGACGUAUUGCUGACCAGUUCCUUGGAGUCAUGUAUAAUAUACCACGUCAGGCCACCCCUGGGGUUCCUGCACCUCCGAUGCCAUAGAUAAACUUUGAAAUGGAGAUACCGUUUUACAGUACUGAACUUUGUAUUUCUGGCUGCUGAGCAUUCACCCACCAGACUGACUCUUAGUAUUCCAUGGAUUUGUUUCUUCCACUUAUUCCCGGUGUUAAGCCGAUGUUGGGUAGAUCGUAAUUGCUAUUCUCUAGCACUACUAGCUACAUUUUUGCAUCAUGAAGUUUGCCUCCUAAUGUUUAAAUAAACAUUAUAUUGGCAUUCAUCAUUAUUAUUAUUUUUUUGUGGCCCAUUUCAUUAUUAUUUUUUUUAUCUGCAAUUAAAUUUAUGUUUCAUUAAGUAUUUUUUUAUUAAACAAUUUUGGGAAAAUCAGUGCAGAUAUUUAUUUUGUAAGCAUGAAUUGUUAAGGUGCCUGAAUAAACUGCCCUGUCUAUGCAAAGUUCAACCCGCACCUAUGUGGAGAAUGGUGAACCACCUGGGCAGGUGCCUGCUGCAUCCAGGCAGAGAUUGGUGAGGGGGCUACACCUACCUGCAGCUCUCUCCACUCACUGUGCUUGCCUCUCCAGGCAAAUAGAGAGGGAUUAAAAGACAUUUAAACCUAAUCUCUUUGCUAAACCAACCAACUAUGAUAUUCAGGAACCUCAAACUUUAUCAAAGGAGGCUUGGGAAUUGUGGUGUAAUGCUACGUUCAUCGUACGUACAUCUCCGGUCAGAAAUCCAGCAGAGGUAUAGCUUGCCUGAGUUGACCGGUUUCGGCAUUACUAGAUAAUGCCGUGCACGGCCAGAUCCCCAUUGAUUGUAAUGGGAUCCAGCCAUUUUCCAGUCGGCUUUCACCUGUACACAAACCAUUUCAUUCAACGUUUUUUGUUUGGCUGGAAGGAGGCUGGGUGCCAUUAAUAGUCAAUGGGGUCCAGUGGUGAACAUCAGUAUUUGGUUGUGCCGUGUAUGGUGCUAUCUGGUAGCCUGUUCUUCUGCUAGAUCAGGCUACCAGAUUCCAGAACGCAUAUGUGAACCUACUAUAAGCCAGGUGAACUUUCUCUUAACUAUUAAAAGAACCUGUCAUCAUAUCUUUAGCCAGUAAACACUCCACUAUAGCAUUAUACAAGAUGGUAAUAGGUUUUUAACCCCUUCAUGACAAGCUAUUUUUCACCAUCGUGACCAAGCCUAAUUUUGCAAAUAUGAUGUGUUUAUGUAGUAACUAUGGAACGCUUUUACUUAUGCAAGCAAUUCUGAGAUUGUUUUUUUUCGUGAUAUAUUGUAC